AAUACUUUAAAUACCCGAAAUAGUUCUAGUAUUACUAAUAUUUAUAAACUAUUCCUAAAUUCGAAUAUUCUUGUUUAUAAUUGGAAUAAACUAUAUAAGCUAGUAGCUAUUAAUAGGGAGAACUAUAUACUAGCUCUAUUAUAUAGUAAUAUUACCUUCUAUUUAACCUUUAUAAAGCCCUUUUAU